AUGUCACACUACCCGAGGCUGCUCUGUCUGCACGGCGGUGGCGCAUCGUCUCGAAUCAUGCGUGCCCAAUUUGCCAAGUUAGAAUGUGCUUUGAACAACCGUUUCCAGCUUGUCUACCUUGAAGCUCCCCUAGACAGUGCCCCAGGCCCAGGUGUUCUCCCUUACUUUGAGAACUGUGGUCCAUACUCCUGCUGGGUCAGCGACGACAAGACACUAUCUGCUGAGGAGAAGCGGCUAGAGGAAGACAGUGCUGUUGCCUACAUCAAGAGCUUCAUGAUUCAACAUGGCCCUUUCGCCGGCAUCCUGGGCUUUUCACAAGGUGCACGUGCAACGGCUAGUAUUCUGCUCGAGCAACAGAGACAACCCUUCACCCACGACAACCUGUUUGGUGUUUUCUUCUGUGGCACAUUUCCUCCUUUCGUACCAGAGACUCCAGAGAUAAAGAUACCCACUGUGCAUAUCCAGGGACUUUCAGAUCCCUAUCUUGAGGAGAGCCAGAUGCUAAUGAGUCACUGCACGAAACAAAGUGUUAGGAGAGUGAUCAAGUUCAAUGGUGGUCAUCAUAUGCCAACAAGCCCUGAUGUUAUUCAACAGAUUGCGGAUGUCAUCACGAUGGUAUACAGAGGGUCAAACAGGAAGAAGGUGCCAAAUCUCUGGAAGAAAAAGCCUUCGAUUGCUACUAUUACUGCGAUCGAGAUUUGA